AUGGCUCCUAGAUAUCUAAAGAAAGGGUCAGCAGCCGAAAACUCUACUAAUACCCUCUCUCUUGAAGUGGGUUCCAUUGUCAAAGAAGUCAUCGACGACAUUCGGCAGAAUGGCGAUGAUGCUGUUCGAAAAUACUCGGGAAAGUUCGACAAGUGGUCGCCGCAAUCGUUCAAGCUGUCCAAGGAACAGAUCGACGCUGCGAUAACUGCAGUUCCAAAGCACACGAUAGAAGAUAUCAGGCAGGUGCAGGCAAACGUCAGGCAAUUCGCUCAAGCUCAGAGAGAUUCUAUUCGCGAUUUCGAGCUCGAGACACAACCGGGCGUGUUUUUAGGUCAAAAAAAUGUUCCUAUUGCAGUUGUUGGAGCAUAUAUCCCUGGUGGUCGAUACCCCCUUUUGGCAUCGGCACACAUGACCAUCCUUACCGCAAAGGUCGCCGGUGUCCCGCAUGUUAUAGGUGCCACUCCACCCAUCGCCGACCAAAUACCAAAUUCUACUGUGGCUGCAAUGCAUAUGGCUGGGGCUGACGAAAUAUUCAUUCUUGGUGGUGUUCAAGCCGUCGCAGCUAUGGCCAUUGGGACAGAGACGAUUCGCAAGGUUGACUUCAUCGCCGGUCCUGGCAAUGCUUUCGUAGCAGAAGGUAAAAGACAGCUAUUUGGAGAGAUCGGUAUCGACCUGUUUGCUGGACCAACUGAGAUUCUCAUCAUCACCGACGAAACAGCCGAUCCCUUUACUGUUGCAACUGAUAUCCUUUCCCAGGCAGAACACGGCCCGGACUCGCCGGGAAUCAUUCUCACAACUUCUGAGGAAGUAGGACGAAAGGCAAUAGCGUUCAUUGACGAACUGCUGAAAGAGUUGCCGACCGCGCCGCUAGCAGGAACAUCAUGGAAAGCAUAUGGAGAAGUAAUCGUGGUGGACUCAAUAGACGAAGCAUGGAAAGUGGCCGACGAGAUUGCGAGCGAGCAUGUUCAGGUCUUCACCAGGAACCCAAGGGAUGCAUUGGAAAAAAUGUCUGCAUAUGGCGCUCUGUUCUUGGGUGAGAACACCUGUGUGUCCUAUGGUGAUAAGUGCAUUGGAACAAAUCAUGUUCUCCCUACAAGGAAAGCGGCAAAGUAUACUGGUGGACUAUGGGUCGGCAAGUUCUUGCGAACUUGCACCUACCAGGAAGUCAAGAACUCAGAGGCCAGCGGAGAGUUGGGUCGUCUUUGCGGAAGGGCGGCCAGGGCAGAGAACUUCGAAGGCCAUGCCCGUUCGGGAGAUCUAAGAGUGCAAAGGUACUUGAAGGAUGAGUAUAGCUGGAUCAGAAAAGCCGGAGGACCUUCGGUGACAAAAAGGGCGAUGAUCUAG